CGGGUGCACGCGGAAGCUGACGGGGCUCGGCGGUGGGGGAGCGGGAACGGUGUAGUCGCGGUCCUGGAUGGUGUGCGAUACGGACAUGGUGGACUUUGAUGCGAGGGAGUUGUUCAGGCUGGCGUAGAGGUCCUGCGACGAGAAGACCUGGAGGCUGCUGCGGCCGGGCGCAACCGGGAUCGGCAUGGCUAGUUGGCUGGGCAUCUUUGCAAGUGUCGCUGAGAAGAAGCUGAGAAAGGAGUCAGCAAUAUGCAACUGGCAGCAAGCAAUCUCGGCGACGACGCUCCGUGCAAUGUUGGCGAGAUGCCGAGGUAUGACGCACGGAUCCGGAUGUCGCACGUGUGCGAGAUGGAGCCGGCGCACCGAGCGGAUAUGACAGUGGAUGGUGGCGAAGAUUGGGAGCAGUCGUCACUGACAGACAGCUGAAAACUGAACUGGACCACGUAGAGGCUGAGGUUGAAAGGCGUAGUUCUAUUCCUGGAUGGACUGUUUGGUGGUGUCGGGUGGAAGCAGAGCUGGUGGUGAUGGUGGAUGGAGACUCUGGAGUGGGGUCUGAAGAGCAGCCGGGUGGGUUUGGUGUUUGGUGUUGGCUCAAGUUGGGGUUGGUAUAGCUUGCAGACGCCAGCAGUGAGAUGGAUGUGGGCAGGAGAUAAGAAAAGGGCGGGACGGUUGUGUUGGGGGAAGCAAACGGACGGUGUGGGCAGGUGCGAGAGGGAGGCGGGAUGGCGUCCAUAUAUGGAGGGCACCAAGUACACUGGACCGCCUUUGUAAUGAAAGGUGAGGGUCGUCCGUGCCGUCGUCAAUGCCCCCCGUCCGCUCCAUCCCUUUGGAGCUGCUUCUGUGUGUGUGUGCGACCUGUCUAGGGUCUACGUCUACGAAUACGUCCUCGCCGCCCAUCGCUGUGGGGUGGGAAGCUGCGGAAACGGGGCGUUCCUUCCCCAUGCUUUUUUGUUGAAGAAGGUGCGGUGCAGCAGCGCGCGAUGUGAGCAGCGCGGCACGACUGGUGGUGGUGGUGGUGGUGGUGGGCGCUACUUGGACGCCC